UAUAUAUAAAUAAGGUCAAAUUUUUACUAAUUUUAUGUUUGUGUAUCAACAUGUGAACAAAGUUUGAUUGUGUCAGUAAGAGUAUGUUUUUCCGAACACAACUGUAUAUACACCCUAAAUAGAAAAGGAAAAUAAAAAAAAGGCUGUAGAAAACAGAACAAGGCGGGAGCCCACGAACAUGUCCACAAGCUCCACCAUGGUAUUGGACUACUGUCAUUUUCUUUUCAGAUAAAGGAGAAAUGAUAACCCAAGAAAAUGAAUAAAGUGUAGUACGGUGUUUCAAAAAAUCAACAAGGGUCCAUGUAAAUCACAUCAUCCACAAAGGCAAACACCUUCCCAAUAAACCUGUAGUUGAAUUUUCUUAAUCGACCUCUACUCAUAGUCAUAUACAACGCUGCAAAAAACAUGGCCGACACUGCUACCACCGCUACCACUGCCGCUUCCGCCACCCAUAUUUUAGUCUUUCCAUACCCAGCUCAAGGCCACAUGCCUGCCCUGCUAGACCUCACCCAUCAAUUAGCUCUCAGGGGACUUAAAAUUACAGUCUUGAUCACCCCAAAAAACCUCCCUGCCUUAUCCCCACUCCUCUCAACCCACCCAACUUCCAUUGAAACCUUAGUCUUACCUUUACCUCCUCACCCUAAAGUUCCUCUAGGGGUAGAAAAUCUAAAGGAUAUCGGAAAUUCCGGUAAUGCGCCCGUUACUGCUGCACUUAGCAAGCUAGAAGGGGAAGUUAUCCAGUGGUUCCGGUCCCACCCUUCUCCCCCUCAAGCUAUAAUUUCUGAUUUCUUCCUUGGGUGCACCCAACAUUGGGCAACACAGCUCAACAUACCUAGAAUUGCAUUCUUUUCAGUAUCUGCAUUUUUGACCUGUAUAUUUACCCAUCUAUGGCAGCAAUCAGACAAGCUGAAUAAUUCAAACAAUUUUGAAUUUCCAGAUCUGCCCUCGUCGCCUUCCUUUACUCAUGAUCAGUUACCUUCUAUAUUUAGGAAGUUCAAGAAGGGUGAUCCUGACUGGGAGAUUGUUAGAGAAGGCAUGUGUGCAAAUUCCAACAGCUGGGGAUAUGUUUACAAUUCCUUUUACGCCUUAGAAGGGGAGUAUCUAGAUCACAUAAAGAGAGAACUGGGUCAUGGCCGAGUAUACAGUGUCGGCCCGUUAGGCUUAAUAGGCUUAUCCAAGAGGGUUAGCCCGGGUGUAGAUACUAGAUAUGACGUGCUCAACUGGCUUGAUACAUGCCCUGAUAAUAGUGUGUUGUAUGUCUGUUUUGGAAGUCAGAAGCUGUUAACUGAACCUCAAAUCAGAGCUCUGGCUUUAGGUUUAGAGCAAAGCAAGACCCGGUUUAUAUGGGUGGUCAAGUCCGUCUCAAGUCAACAGGUCCCAGAUGGGUUUGAGGAGUGGGUCUCUGAUCGAGGUAUGGUUCUAAGAGGAUGGGCUCCACAACCAGAGAUACUAAACCAUAAAGCAGCAGGUGGGUUCAUGAGUCACUGUGGGUGGAACUCAUUACUAGAGAGUGUAAUAGCAGGAGUAAUGAUUUUAGCUUGGCCAAUGGAAGCUGACCAGUUCCAGAAUGCCAGGCAAUUAGUUGAGUAUGCAGGGUUGGCAAUUCGAGUAUGUGAAGGUGAACACACGGUGCCUGACUCCAAUUCAUUGGCUGGAAUCAUAUAUGAGUCGAUUAGUCAAGAUAUACCACAGAAGGCAAGGGCUAGGGCAAUGAGGGAGAAGACAUUAGAGGCGAUUAAAGAUGGCGGAAGUUCAGCAGUAGGCCUUGAUGAGCUAGUGAAAGAAUUGAACCAGCUUGGAGUACCAAAGACUUGAAAAUGAGGCAGUUUCUGUAAGAAUAAUUACACUAUCAUCAGUUAUGACUUAUAAGCCUCUGUAAGCUCAAGUAUUAGCAGUCAUAAGCCUUAAUAGUUUAUUAAGAAUAAUUACACUAUCAUCAGUUAUGAGCCCUCAAAGCUGAAGUAUAAGCAGUCAACAGCCUUUAUAAUUUAUUAUAGAAUCCAAGUUUCUAAAAGAAAAAAAAUGCCUUUGCGGCUGUUGCAGAGUUGAUGUAAGCAAACAAGACCAUCUUUGUGAAAUUAAUAUAUAAUUUGUAAAUCUAUUCAGGUGUGUAUGCUGAGGUUUUCAGGCGUGCUAAAAUAUAUUGUUUUAUUAAUGACAUGCAGAUAGCUGAGGAUUGUCAA